UGUUUACGACGCCAGACCUGGGCUGUGUUCAGCUUCUCAUAUAGAGUCUCCUGAACUACCUGCUGCCUUGGCUUUGCCUGGUUUGCAGCUUAUGGCCUUCUUUAGCAGAAAAACUAUUGGGACGCGGCCGUCUUAUUUGAACGCGUUGUAGCCUUUCUGCACUUCUACCCUACUUCUGCCCUACUUAGUCACGUGUGACACAGGUGGGUCCUCCUCAAAUCAGACUACCAGCCCGUGGAAUCAGGUUUGAAGCUCAGAUCAUGACGAGUGUACAGAUGAGUGCUCUGGAUGAGAUGGUCCAGCAGUUCCUGGAACAUGCAUCCAGUGGUGAUUUAGGCAAAGUGUCUUUUUUGAUUUCUCACUCCAGACAUCUGCUUAAUGAAAGUGGAAAACAAGGCUGGACAGCUUUAAUGUUAGCUGCAAGAAAUGGACACUAUGAUGUGGUGAAAGCUUUACUAUCAGAGGGGUGUAAUACAGCAUUAACAAACAGAUCUGGCCAGACUGCGCAUGACAUCGCAAAAUUCUGGGGACACAAACACAUUGCCAAUUUGCUGGCCAAUGGUGGGGACGGUAACCUUCAAGUAAUCCUACCAAACACUGGAGCUACAGGACAUGAGAGUUACUUCAGUAGAGAGUAUCUCGACAGACUGAGUGAUAAAAGGUCAGAUUCAGAAUGGCUUUCAGCCAAACUGGCAUCUCCAAAGACCGUUUUUCUUCUUUUUUAUAAUUUGGACCCUCUCGUUAUGUCUGGGCCAGAAGAAUUGAAUAACAGUCAUCCUAAGAUGAAACUGUGUAGGCUUGGAAGAAUCUCUGUGGAUGAAUUAAUGAAGAAAAGCGACACUGUGGUUAUUUUUCUGGGAGUGGAGAAGGAGGACCAUACACUGCAGUCAAAAGAGGAGGAUGGACUUACUGCAUGGUUCGCUCUGAAUACCCAGGAGAAUCCCAUAGACAGUCUAGUGCCUAAAGAUUCAAACAGAUUCUUCCUUAAGGGGGCGAUGCCGGGACUCUUCUUGUUUGAUGAAGAUGAAGCAGGUGUAAUUGCACAAGCCAGGUCUGUUCUCGCGUGGCACAGUCGAUACAGCUUUUGUCCUACAUGUGGGGGCAGGACCAAAGUAGAUGAAGGAGGCUACAAAAGAACAUGUCUGAAUGAGGGCUGCAAGAGUCUUCAUGGCAUCCACAAUACAUCUUAUCCUAGAGUGGAUCCUGUCGUCAUCAUGCUAGUCAUUCACCCUGAUGGGAAUCAGUGCUUACUAGGCAGAAAAAAGAUUUUUCCUCCAGGGAUGUUUUCAUGCCUUGCUGGAUUUGUUGAACCAGGUGAGACCAUUGAGAAUGCAGUCAGACGGGAGGUUCUGGAGGAGAGCGGUGUUACUGUCGGCCCGGUUCAGUACGUUUCCUGUCAGCCUUGGCCGAUGCCGUCCUCCCUAAUGAUUGGAUGCCUUUCAGUAGCAGUGUCAACAGAUAUCAAUGUUGAUAAAAAUGAAAUUGAAGAGGCUCGCUGGUUCACGAGACAACAGGUACUAGAUGCAAUUGCAAGGAGCAACCAGGCAGUUUUCACCAUGCCUCCCAGACAAGCUAUUGCACAUUAUCUAGUGAAACACUGGAUUGGAAUAAACGCAAACCUUUGAGCUAAAAAUUAAA